AUGAAAUUGUGGCAUAUAUUAUUUGAAAUUACAGUAUUUAGUAUUAUAAAUAUUAUUCUUAAUUCCUCAAAUUUAUGUAUUGUUAUUUGUUUUAUGAAUGGCAAUUAUUUAAAUAAGACAUAUACAAAAGGUACACAUAAUAAUAAAACAUAUAAUAUUUUAAAUAUAUAUAAAACUAAAGAUGCUUUUAAAUUAUAUAUGACAAAAAAGUUUAAAUAUAAGUAUAGAAAUACAUUAGAAAAAAGAAUAAAGAAGGGACAAAAACGUAAUGAAAUAUAUCAAAAAUUAAAAAAAAAACAUAGUGCAUAUAUAGUAAUAACUGAAAAAUUAAGUAAAUUAGAUCCUAAUCAAGAAUAUUUUAAAUAUGAUAAAAAUAUAUUAAAAGAAUAUGAAAAUAUACCAGAUAUUUAUAAAAAUAAAAAACUUGGAAGGAAAUUUAAUCAAUAUGAUUAUUGGUAUUCAUCCAAAAAAAAAGAAGCUAAAUAUAAUUAUAGUAGACAUGUUAAUUUUGCUAUUACAGAAAAUAAAUUUAAUUUUAAAAAUGUUUUUUCAUAUUUUCAUAUAUUAGAAAUUGUACAUGAGAAAUUUAAAAACAACUCUUUUUAUAUUAAUGGAUUACAAUCAUUUAUAAAUAAAUACUAUGAUCCCAUAACACAGAAAAGAAUUAAAUUUUAUGAUAAAAUUAAAGAAAUGCAUGAAAUGAAAAGUAAAAAGGGUGAACAUAUAAAUGAUGAAAACAAUGAUACAGAUAAUAAUGCAAAGAAAAAACUUGACAACAUUGAUAAUAAUAAUAAGAUGGAUAGUGAUAAAGAUAAUUCAAAAGAUAUAUCUAAAAAUAAUAAAGAUACAUCAUUAAAUGAGGAAUUAAAACAAAAUGAUGAACACAAAGAAAGAAAAAAUCUUUCAAAAUUAGAUAUGUUUGAAAUAAUAAAAAUGAAUAUAGAUGGAUACAUGCAUAAAAAUGAAGUAAAUCCUGAAGACUCUUCAUUUACACUUUUUGGUUCUAAUACAAGUUGUCUUUUAAAAAAAAAAAGAUCUCCUGUGGCUUAUGAUAUUAGUUGUCCUUUUAGGAAAUCUCCCUUAUCUUCUAAACGAAGAAGGCAAAAAGAAAAAAAACUUUUUGAUAUUAUAAAUUUUAAUUGUAAAACAAGAAAGGAAAGAUUAAUGUUAAAUGCUGUAAAGAGGUUAUCUAUUAAAAAAUUAAAAGGAGAGGAUUAUAUAUUAGAUGCUACAGAUCGUGUAUAA